CCUUCAAUAAUGGGACUGUCUGGGAAGUAUGAGCUGCAAUCCCAUGAAAACUUUGAACCUUUUAUGAAAGCUAUCGGUCUUCCUGAUGAAUUGAUCCAGAAGGGCAAAGAUGUGAAGAGUAUUUCAGAGAUUGUACAAAAUGGCAAACACUUCAAGGUCACAGUGACCACAGGGACCAAGGUUCUACAUAACGAAUUUACAAUUGGCGAGGAGGCUGAGAUUGAGACCCUAACAGGAGAGAAGGUCAAGACUGUUGUCCAACUUGAAGGUGACAAUAAAUUGAUUGUUCAACUUAAAGGAAUUACAUCUAUCUCCGAGCAAUCUGGAGACAUCCUAACUAAUAUCAUGACUGUGGGAAACAUCACCUACAAAAGAAUUAGCAAGAGAGUUUGAGAGACGCUUGGUAUUUUUGUUACUUUUACUGUGUUAAAGUGAGCAAUAAACUUGUUUGUUAAAAAAA